CCCUUAUAUAAUAACAAAGAUAUAUAAAAAGAAACACAAAUUCAUUAAGAAAUAAAGAAAGAGAGAUAAUUGAAACUCCAUGAUUCAAAAAACACACAUGCCUUGGGUUUUGCUCCCUAUUUAGCUUAUAUUACUACUAUUUCUACUCACUUAUUAAUAAGCUAAAUUAAAAGCAACCCAAAUCAAAUCCUCUUGAAAAGUUUCUACAAAAGCCCUCUCUUGGACCUUCAACCACCCAAAAACUCUAAAAAAAAGAGAGGAUAGAUAAUAAUGAAUAGGGGCGUUUUGCAAAACUCUCCGGUGCAACAAAUGAUGGCAGCCGGAAAUCCAAGCUGGUGGCCUAACAUAAACAAUUUGAUGAGACCUCCCAUUUUAUCUUCUCAUCAUCAUCAACCACUGCUUUCGUCGCCUUCUUCGUUCUUAGCUCCGCCUCUGAAUAAUAAUAGUAACAACAACGAUGAGAACAACAAUAAUAACAAUAAUGUUUUCCAAGCUCAAUAUAAUAUGAAUUCCUCUUCUUCUUGGCUUGGUGAUCAUCCUAGCAACAACAACCAUCAUGAGCAGCAUCAUCAUCAUCAACUUCCUGAGUCUUGGAGCCAACUCCUCUUGGGUGGAAUUUUCUUAGAAGAAGAAGCAAAAAAAAUGGAGACAAAUAAUUGGGAAGAACAAGUUGUGCUUCAACAACAACAAGCUAAUCAUCAUCCUCAUCUUGUAGAUGUGAAGCAAGAAAGCUCAGUAAAUAGUUAUAAUAGUAAUAACAAUAAUAAUAAUAAUAAUGUUUAUAAUGAUCAAGAAUUUCAGCUAGUAGCAGCAGCUAAAGCAGCAAAUUGGUCUCAUCAUCAUGCUCAACUCAAUAAAAUUCCUGUUUCUUCUCCUCAAUCUUGUGUUACCUCUUUUAGUACUAGUAGCAACAAUAACACCACCACCAACAACAACUUGUUGGAUUUCGCCUCGUCGAUUUCUAGUGACAAUCUUCAUUCUAGACAUCGUCCUCCUCCUCCUCCUGCCCCCGAUCGCUCCACCGAGUGUAACAGCAAUGCUAGUGGUGGGGCGGUAGCGAAGAAAGCCAAGGUUCAACCUUCUACAACUCCAUCGACUGCUUUCAAGGUGAGGAAGGAGAAAUUAGGAGAUAGAAUAACUGCCCUUCAUCAGCUUGUCUCACCUUUUGGAAAGACUGACACAGCAUCUGUCUUGUUAGAAGCCAUUGGCUACAUUAGAUUCCUUCAGAGUCAAAUUGAGGCCCUCAGUCUUCCAUACCUAAACACUGGAGCAGGAAACAAGAUGCAGCCUCACCCUAUUCAAGGGGAGAGGAAGUGUAUAUUUCCUGAAGACCCUGGUCAGCUCUUGAAUGACAAUUGCUUGAAGAGAAAAGGAGGUCCUGAUCAGGAUUCAUAUGAAGAGGCAAAGGACUUAAGGAGUAGAGGGCUAUGUUUAGUUCCGGUGUCAUGCACAUUACAUGUGGGAAGUGACAAUGGAGCUGACUAUUGGGCUCCGGCACUCGGCGGCGGUUUCAGGUAGACGGAAUAGGGAUCUAGUAUGUGCAUCAACGAACGGCACACCGAAGCUUCAAUUGAAACGAUAUAACAUCAUUAGCAGUCAAUCUGCCCCCAACAAUAUCUUCCUAUAUGAAGAAAACAAGGUUGAUUGCUCCUGAUGCUAUGUUCUAUUUCUCUUGUAUUGCAUUUAAGUGUGCUGUAAAUUUAAUUUAGAUUUAAGAUUUCAAGCUAGUGUUUUUAAUCUAGUUUUAACAAUAAGCUACUACUAUUUUAAUCAAGAUUGCUCAUUUUAUUUUAGUAUAUUAUUAAUAUUAUCAAUUUA